AUGCUCAGGUUGCUGAAGAUCCGCAGGAGAAGGAAGCGCGGCAAGCUCAAGAGUGGGACCUGGAGGUGCGCAAGAGGUGGAGGCAGAAUUUCGCCCGGCAACAUGAGCCGCUGCAGCCCGGCAGCAUGUGCCAGCACACGUCCGCUCCGCAGCUGGCACCCGACAAGCCGACAAGCAUGGAAUGUCUGGGUGUUGGUUCAGUCGUUUCAAAGCAGACAAGAAUUCAUGAUAUUUUAUGCUACAUGA